AAGUGACGGACGGGACCGUGACCAGGGUGGGAGGCUGGACGGCCGAUUGAAGUUCCUUCAGUGUGCUAGGAAUCCGGCUGAACCAGAGCGACUGUGUUUUUGGGCGCCCGCAGGGGCAGGUGGCCGUGGACACCGCCCGCUCGGGCCCGGGAACGGCAAGAACAUUUAGGUGCCUGUUAACCGCUUUCCUGGACAACUUCCUAGGCCCUGGAAAUCUGAGAUGGAGCGCGAGAAUACUUUCCGUCCAGAUGGCGAGUCCAAAGGAGGUGUUUUAGCUCACUUGGAAAGACUAGAGACUCAACUGAACAAAUCCCAUAAAAGACUGGAAGAACUGCAGAGAGCACAGGCAGAAGAAAGUGCCCUGGAAAGCAAGAUUCAUAAACUGACAUGUCUGCGAGAUAAGCUGAGAGCUGAAGUGCAACAACGGCGAGCCAGGGUUAAGGUGUCUACCACCAAUGUAGAACCCGACCAAACAAUGGAGAUCAGUGAGCAAGAAGCUUUAGAAAGAAAACGGGAAAAUGUGAAAGCCAUUCUGCAGGCGUACCGUUUUACAGGGCUCAGCGGGAAACUGACCAGCCGUGGAUUCUGUAUCUUCAUCAACACUGCUUUUGAGGGGAAUCUGCUGGAUUCCUAUUUUGUGGACCUGGUCAUGCAGAAACCACUUCGGAUACAUCACCAUUCGAUUCCAGUUUUCAUUCCCCUGGAGGAGUUAGCUGCAAAAUACUUACAGACUAAUAUUCAGCACUUCCUGUUCAGUCUGAGCGAGUACCUAAAUGCUUACUCUGGAAGGAAGUACCAGGCGGAUCGACUUCAGAGUGACUUUGCCGCCUUUCUGGCUGGGCCUUUGCAGAGAAACUCACUGUACAACUUGCUGUCAUUUACCUACAAUGUGGAGCCGAGGGGUCAGUCCUUCCCAUUCUGUGCUAGAUUGCUGUAUAAGGACCUCACAACAACCCUUCCGACUAAUGUCACUGUUACCUACCAAGGGAUGGACACAUUAUCUACCUCCUGGGAAGAACAGCGAGCAUCCCAUGAAAAUCUGUUUUGUACGAAGCCCUUACAUCAAGUAUUUACUUCAUUUGCAAGGAAAGGAGAAAAACUGGAUAUGAGCCUGGCCUCCUAGAAUAUUGUUUUCAUUGGGACCACAUGAGAAGUAAAAGGAAAUAUUGCACUUUCUGCUCUCAUGACUAAGGUGACAGGGGGUUCCAGAAGAACCUUUCAAGAUUAUCAGGACGAGGGCCAUGUCAUCUAGCUCAGACCCUAUGGAGACGGGUCUCCGGCUGGAGCUCAAAGGCAUCACUUCCAAGUACACCUGAGGAGCAGAGCAGUGCCAGG